GAGUAGUACCAAUAUUUCGCCGACAUUCAUAUCGUACAUAUCGCGUUGAGUGAAGUGUCUGUUCAUUUAACUGUAAACAGUGUAAAGUGUGUCCUCCAAUUAAACAUUCAGUUUUUCUUUUAUUAUUUGUUAUGUAAGAAAAAAUGAAAAUCUUCUCUCAGAAAAAUAGGCUCUGCACCGUUUAAUGAAAAGUCUUGAAAGUGUUCAAAUUUACUACACAUUUAACAAAAUCAUAAAAUGACUCAAUCAUCUGUUGUGAAGACUGUGGGUGGCGUAACGACCAAAAUAACCACAAUGACAAGAACAUCUUAUAGUCAACAACAAAUAUUGCAGCAGCAGCAACAACAACAACUGCAAACAAAUCAAAAAGUAAUUACUAAACCACCGUAUACUCAAAAGGAGAAGCACACAUCCACAUCUAAUUUUCAGAAAAACGAACGUUACAAUGAACCGACUUCAAUAAUGAAACCCCAGCGAACGGAUCCUCCGGAGGAUAUUUGCGUACGUUGUAACAAAACCGUUUAUAAAAUGGUAGCGGUUAUCGCAGAACAUCAAGUCUGGCAUAGAAGCUGUUUUAGAUGCAGCAAAUGCGAUAAACAAUUAAACCGACACAGCAAAGUUGAUAAUUUUCAGAUUCAUGAAGGUGUACUCUACUGCCAAUAUCACUUUAAACAACGUUUCGGACAGACAAACGACGGUGCAGUUCAUGUUUCGGAACAAUAUCAACUUAUACGUCAAGACAUUCAAAGCAAUGCAGUUAAAACGAGUUUAAAUAAAAAUGCCACAACUACGAAAACGACUGAAGAGUUGCAACACAACGUUAACACCAAACGAGGUGCAACAGUCCUUUCGAAAAUGGAAAAAUUUCAUACUAAGGGAAUGGAUGUUGGCGUUAGCGAUUUAAAGGCGAACGAAAAGGAACGUAAGAACGACUUUGAUGAUGAAUCGAUUCAUUCGGAAGAUUACGGAGAGGAUGCAGAUGUUGAUUUGAUCAGAGCUAAACGGCUGCUAAGUAAACUUCCCAUAAAAGUCGACGAUAUGAACGAAAUAAAAGACAAAUUCGAAGCUGGAAUCGAUGACGAUCGCGAAGCAAGGCGUUUGGAACGUAAACAGGAAAUACAGGAUAUUCGUUCCAGGGUUUAUUUAGGAAAACAAGCUCGUACUAAGGAAAAAUAUGAGAAUGCAGUUGCGAAACUAGAAAUAAUUCCGAAACUACGUAAUAAAGGUUUGCUCAUGGCAUAUGAACUAGGUAAUGUAAAAGCUGCUGCGGAAAAGACGCGUAAUGCUAAACAAAGAUUUGAGACCGGUGACAUUUAUCGUCGCGAGCCAAGUUUUGAUAGAGAACGUUCCGUAACGUCUCCAUUUUGUAACAAAGUCUCUGAACGUAUGCAAAUGCUUGCAAAGCGACAGGCGCAAGAUGAAAUUACUAAGAGCAAAGUCAAAGUCAUGGAGAAGCCGGAUAUAUCCAAUCAAUGCAAGUUCUUCGAAAAUUGCAACCCCGAAAAGCAAAAGGGAUAUGCUAUCAAAAUCGAUGGUAUCAACAUCGGUGCUUUGAAAAUGGACGGUACGGUGGAAAAGGCACGAAAUGCUUACAUUGGCAGGAUUAAGAAAAAUAAAAUUAUUAAGCAACAGCAAUGGAACGAAUAAAAUUGUUAGGUGUGAUUGGUCUUGGCUUCGUAAUCCGUAAUUUUCUCGGUUGAGUGAAAUGAAGAAGACGAUUUUUUAAAUGACGAACUUGGAUAAAUAUCAUCUUAGAAACAAUAUUUAAAUUUAGUUUUACCGUAUACGACAUGUUCACUGUUGGAAGUGCCUGGGAAGACUGAUAGUUACACUUACUUACUAAGAAGAAGAAAAUAGCAAAAAUUGUAGAUUACAGAAAUAUUGACGAACUUCCUUCAUUUCCUUCGAAAAACUAAAUAAAGAAGCUUAAGAACGCAA